AUGUCGCCAAUCAGACCACACCUGUUUGUUCUCAGGUCAAAUCGAAAAUGCCGAUCCUCGCCCACAACCACCAAGUGCCCUCCAACCCAUGUUCCUCCUUAUCCUCCCCCCUCCAAUAUACACGGAGGCUUGUUGUCGCGAUCUCGUGCUCUAUUCGUCUCUGCGGGGCGCAUAAAUGAUGAGCUGGGGGGCGUCCUCACGGGGAAGCUGCGCGGGGAGGGUCUCGUGCGCGCCAACCGUCAAGCUCUGGUGUAUCUUCUCGCCAUGCGCGCCUCCCACCCCAUGCGCCCGUCACACGCAUCUGCAUUGGCGCUUGCAGCAUUCGGCCCGUUGCGGCAAGGCCUGGGGCUGAACCGUUGUCGCCAGCUCACCAGCCAUGCCAUGCUGGCACUCGCUGACAGGGCAGCUGCCACGGCCGUGAUGGCAAGCAAGCACGUCUUCUCAUAA